CAAAAGUCGUACCUGUUAUCUAAAUUUCGAAUAGAGCAGACCACAGGCCACAAGCUUGACGCAGAGGUAGUUGCUCGAGAAAUGCGGCGUGCCCAGGGCACCGAUGGUGCACGACUAUUCCAGUCAUCGGAAUUCCUCACAACCACCCAGAUCACCUCCUUCUUCUCAAGACAGAGUGCCUUAGUACGCCAGAGAGAUCCUGAUGAGGCUGAUAUCCGAGCAGCUCAAGAGGAGAGUAAUUUUAACGAAGCAAAGGAGACUGUCGCGUCAAUACAACUUGACCAUCCCCUGAUCUACGAUCAGUACGAUCUUUGUGAAAUGGCGCUAAAUGACUCUUUGAAGAUCUUGAAGCUACCCAUGUUGCAGCAUAUGUGU